AUUAUUCAAAGAAAACUUGGAUCAGAGGUAUGAAAUCGCAUAAAAACCUGACACCACUGUACCACCUUCAACUAUCCAUAGAUCAAGUCAUUUAUAAAAAUGCCGAUGCUAAUGUGUCCACUACUAAUUCCACCAAAUCCGAACAAAUUCCUCCUGAAGAAACACUAGAAUAUAUAAACAGUAUUCAAUUAGACAUAGCAAUGUUAGAAAAAAGAAUAGAUCAAAUGAAAAACGAAGUAAUACAGACCGAGAAGGGCAAAAUCAAAGAUAUAAAAGAAAAAGCACCCCUCAAAAGAUCAAUCACACAACGCAUUCAUAAAAUUAAUAAAUCUUUAUCUACAUUCAAUGGUUUCAUACAAAACAGGUCAAUUAUUACUAAGAAUGGUUUAGCAUCAAAGCUUAAAAAUAAAGUUAAUGAUGAAAGGAAAACCUUUACCGUCAAAGAAAAAAUGAAAACAUUACAUACGAACAAAAUUCAUAAUUUCACUGAUAUCACCUUACCUUUGGGCGUUACCAGCAUCCUUAACAAAGGCACCAAUUUCAUACCAACCUCUACUAACCUUAAUCCUGCAUCACUUAAAGAUUCCACCUAUAAAGAAGUUAAAGAUGCCCUCAACAAUAUUAUCUUAAAACAACCUACAGAUUAUAACACUGUCCAUAAAAGGAAGAAAUCAACUGGUAAAAAGAAAAGUCACAAUAUCAACAACAUCAAUACCAAUCCUUUCUCCCUCUUAGAUCAACAGCAAGGAAGACCUAAUUUCAAUCAAUACCUUAUAGAUUAUGUACAUCAAACGCUUAACUACACUAAAGAAUACCUUGACGACACAAAUUUCUCUAGGUUAUCUCAACUGAAUAUGCUUAACAUAGAUCAACAUACCUCACUGCAACUGUAUGAUAUACAAUGCAAUCAAGACAUAGUCAUCACACAAUCGGAUAAAAAUAUGGGUUGGGCUCUUCUACCAAUAUCCUGGUACAUCAAUGAAUACGCAAGACACCUGAAAGAUGCUAACAUUUACAAGAUUAUUGAAGAUUUUAAUCUGGAUUUACACACCACAGAAUGCAACGCAAUACUUGGAAAAUUAAAAUCUCGUUUCAACAAUCUUGUCUCGGAUGAUGACAAAGCUCUACUCAACCCUCUUUCCUCUACAAAUAUUCAAUUACCUUACAUGAAACUGCUCCCUAAAGUACAUAAACUCUCUUCUAUUGCCUCUUCUUCUAACUUAUCCUCUCUUACUGGUAGACCUAUAAUCACCGCACACUCUUGGUCCACCUCAAAUAUCUCUAAAUUGUUAGGCCUACAUUUGGAUAGCAUCAUUUUGAAAUUUAAAGAUCUCUUUGUUUCUAAACACAUUCACUUUCCACUUAUUUACAACUCCUUAGAGCUUGUUGAAAUCCUAUGUCAACAUCCUAUUUAUAAUAUCAAUAAUUAUAAAUUGAUAUCCUUUGAUUUCUCUUCUCUCUACACCAACAUAUCUUUUCAAGAUACUAUAAAUGCUAUUGUUAAUAGUUGUAAAUUACUUAAAUUAUCUACUUUUUACAGAGAUUUCCUACUUAAUAUCAACCAAUUUCUAAAUGAUAGAAACUUUUUUACUGUAGGAGGUCACAUUUUUAAGCAAAUUCAUGGGAUCGCAAUGGGUAGUUACCAUAGUAGACAAAUGGCUACGGUGGCCCAUAGGUGUCACGGCAAUGGUUUGAAAAGUACAGGGCACAGCAUUUAUAUUGCACGACAACAUCGGCAUUGA